UUUCUAUUUUCCACCAACUGCAUGCAGCUAGGAUAGCCAAAGAGACAACAACAAUUGAAGGCGCAAUAGCAACAGCAACAACGACCCCAAAACCAAGAGCGAGAACAACAAAACCAACUUCAUCACAAUUGGCAACGUAUCGCGGCCGAAAUGCAGGCUUCGGCAGCCAUCACACACUUUUAGCGAGCUCCCGGCGAGAUGCGUACCAAAAGAACGAUUGUGUGAACAAAGUAAUAUCCACAUCGCUGCCGACUACACCAAAUCUGAGUCGAUUGCGACGGCCGAAACCCGUGCAAUACCAGAAGUUGCCGCUGGAGGCCGCCAGUGCGGAUGAUGAUGUGAGGCAGUUGCAGAGUCAACAGUACGCUAACAGCUUGCAACAGCUGCAGAUGUCAACAAAGAAAUUGCAAAAUACUGCGUGCGAAUCGAGUAACGAGCGGUUGAAACGACAACAACAACAACAACGACAACAACAACAACAAUUGCAGGAAGAAGAGCUGUCAGAGCAGCAGCGGCAGCCAAGGCAAAUGAUCAUUGGCAGUGUGUUGCCGGCAGUGGGAGUCGAUAAGGAUGGCGCGAGUGCAGAAUCAAUAACAGUGGCUGAAGCACAAAGCGAAAUCACAGAAACGAAUAAUAUCCACAACAAUAACAAUAACAAUAAGAAAAAUCUAAAUAAAAACACACCGAUUGAGGUCUCCGCUGUGACACCUCGUCCAUUAUCAAAAUCAAACAACUUGCCCACACAACCACCAUAUGAACAACUCAAUACCAACAACAAUAAUAACAUAAUCAACAGCAUCAACAAGACGAACGAUCACAAUGACGAAAAUAACGGCCACGCGCCCUUAUUAUUAUCUCGGCUCCCACUUCCCAUGCCACAGCCGGUCCCAUCGACAGCCGCAUUCAUCGCAGCAUCGACCAUCACAUCCACAUCCGCCAACUCAACCAUCUCAACCCACUCAGCAGUUGUUGGCAAAAACACGCUUGCUUUUUGUGAGCACUGCUGUGAAAGCGCUAGUAUGGCCAGCAGUGAGUAUGCUCAUGGCGCAUACGCCGAGCGCAAAAAGAAUUUCAACGGUGAGGACUACGAUCGAAACUGUGGCGAGUACAUCGAUUCAGUCUCCGAUCUGUCGUCAUACCGAUUCGUUUCCGAUGAGGAUGAAUUAAGUGCGUGCAUUGUCGCCGAUAUCGAAAUUGCUGCCACAGAGGAAAAUUCCAACAAUAAAACUAGAUAUUACAAAAUCAAAAGAAACAACAACAGCUCUAAUAAUAACAACAAUACAGAACAAGUAGGAAUAUCAACUAAAAAUCGUCGCGUCUCUUCCACCGCACCGUCGGGAAAGCAAACGAAAGCGCACACAAAUACGUGUUCGGUCCCCGCAGCUACGCCGUCAUCGCGAUCAUCGUCGUCGCCAGUGCAAACGAGUGUUCCGCUGCCAACAUUGUUGUCACCCGCCGCAGUUCAAGCAACAAAAGCAACAGGGCCACGUCGCGCUUCGCCCACCAUUUGUUGUUAUACAAUUGACAAACCGGUCAGCAUACAUUAUAACGCGACUAUUUUGGAAUACAUACCGAAUGAAAUAACAAAUACAACAUUACCAACACCCACGGCUGGGUCUAUAUCCGCAACAGCUCCUGUGCCAAUUCCGCUAACCAAUACCGAAAGGAGUGUCUACAGAUUACCACCGGAAGCGAAAGAGCCGAACGAGCUCCUAUGUGAUGCAGUGAUUUUAUCUACUUCCCUGCCAAGUGAUUAUGGUAGUGUGAAAGGUACCGUAAGCCAAUAUCAGUUGGCGCAGUAUUCGCCUCGAAAAAACAAACCGAAACCGCCUGAUCCGCCUCCCAAACCAAAACAAGAAGGACGUACCAUUUACCAGACCACCAUUUAUUCGAGCUCAAACGCUUUAACGCCGGAUAAUCGCAAUGUUUUAGUAAACCAUUUCCACAACGGCGAACAGAUUUGUAGUAAUGGACAAAAUAUACAAAGCAAAUUGAGAAAGUUUGAGCAAUCGACCUCACUAGCUGGUGGAUCAAGAUCGGCAAGUUAUAUAUCGUCUGUUAAUUCAAAAAACGCUGGACAUUAUACCGUCGACGAGUUUCACAAUACCGAGGAACGUUGGCCGCUUUCGUCGCGUUCCCUCGAACGGUCCGUUUCACCAGAGCAUUGUCAAUUGUUGAGUUGCUUUGGAACAGUUAAAAAUACUCGAGACGAGUCUGCAAGCAUCAAAUCAAAAACAAACGAAAAUAAAAACGACGAACAACGAACAGAUGACGCACGGCGAAGCAACGACACUAGCCGUCCAAGUGAAGACCGUUUAAAGAGAAACGAACAACAAAUAUACAACGACAAGGAAACGAAAACUGUCGCGCGUAGUUUAAGCGAAAGCAGCUGUUUGGUGUCGGUGGCAACGCCAAUUGCCAAUGAAAAGUGUGCCAUCAAAAAUAAAAAUAAUCACCAACAACAACACCAACCACAUGAGAUACUCAUACAAUCACUAAUACCAACAACACCGCCAUCGAGCGCACAUCAUCAUAACAAGAUUAAUAAUAAUAUUAAUAAUAAACGGCGUAAUUGUGGUGACUCCGAGCAAAUUCAGCGAAGUGCAGCCAACAGGAAAGAAUCAGCGUCGACAAGUGUUUAUACUGUCGCAACUGUAAGUGACGGUGCGCGCGACGACCUGACCGACACGUUUAACGCGUACACCUUAACUAACAGUGCUGGUAGUAGCGCUUGUGGGGAAUGCAAUAACAACUAUAAUUGUAAGACAAGGUGUCACGCAGAAUAUUCAUAUUCACCGAUAUCUGCGUCAACUGCGUAUCCUUUUACUGCCGUAAGUGCCGAGUCGUCGCGACAAAGUUCGCAGUCAUCAGUAUCCUACUUGUCAUCGCCCUUGCCGAAACAUACGCUCCGUUACGAUAGUUACGGUCGCUUGAAAUCGGAACGUGUUUCGCGUCUUCCCACUACAACCAGAUCGUUGACCAAUGGUCGCAAAGCGGCUAGUGAGACGCGUCUGCAUCGUACGUAUCAAAAUGUGUCCGUGCCUCCGAAUUACGAUAUCGCCUUUUCGUUAUCAGCAACUAAUGUUAAGCUAACACCAAUUUUGUGCCGCAAAUUUAACUAUUUAAGUGAUAAAUUCGAAGACUGUGUUGUCGAGAGUGAAGAAGUAGAUGGGGAUACGUGUGUAUCGGAAAGUGCAAAUGAACAAGCACAAAAGGGUCAAGGCAUAGAGGAAACUGUGCAAAAUCGAGAUGAAAAUAAUGUCGGUACAGAACAAAUCUCGUCGGUAAAAAAUACAAAUACAACAAAAGUGUUGCCGUCAACGACGGAUCGACAUGACACAUCUCGCUAUACUAUUGAUAAUAAUCUGAAUUUGAAUUUUACAAAGACUAUACCACCAGAACAAAAGAUUUAUAAAUCGUUAAGUGAUACCCAAAAUUUUGUGUCGAACCAUAAAGAAGGGUUAGACAAAACCAAUAAUAUAAGUGAGAAGCGCUUCUUUAGUGAUUAUUCACUCGCAGCAGACUUUGCUGAGGCUGAUUGUAGUUUGCCUUGUCAGUGUUCGUCCAAAAAAGUCGCUGUAGUGACUGGACAGUCUUCACCCGUAUCUCCCACUUCGCUAACUUUGCCGAUCUCACUGCAGCCACCAAAAUCAUCUGGUGCUUUGAAUCAUAAGAAUUCUCAGUCGCUACCAAGUGUUCCGCAAUCGAACGGAACUCAGAGUCCGCUGUGGCUUAGCACUGAGGCUAUCGGAUCGCCGCGUCUGUUGGAGCGCAAACCUAUUUUGGACGACGUGCAAUCGAACUGUAGUGAUCAGACUACUAUUUUUCAUUUCGACAAGGAGUGUUCUCUAUCGGCUACGUCCUUGUCCUCUACAUCACAAUUAGCUGCUGAAUCUGGCGGCAGUGCUCUGCACGGCCCAGUUGUGCUAAAACGUAUUCCUGCUAUACAUUCGUUUGGUCAUAUUCCAUCAAUCGGGACGUGCUCUGAGAGCAGUGCUAAUGCUCGCGAAAGCGCCGGAAAAGAGAUUAAUAUGGAGAAGCGUAGGAAUACUUUGGAUCGUUUCCAACGUUUAGGUUUUGGCCGAAAGUCGACUCCUGCUUCGAGCAGCGCUUCAACAGAGAGCAGUGGUUCGUCGCGAAAUCGCAAAUCAAAUGAAAAAUCAGAAAAAUUAAGGGAACUGACGGAAUUGUUGCGUGGUAAUAGAUCAUCCCCGACUCCACCGCCUAUACCGCCACCACGUAAGCCACGCAGUGGAUCUCAUUCGGCGUCCAAUAGUUUAGAGCGUGCCGACACACAAGUGCAAGUGCCAGCCGGGUCUUCCUCCUUUGAUGGAGCAGGACAGUCAAACUCGUUCAUGUCGAGUCGUAUUGAUGAUAUUAUGUUAAUGGAUCAUGAAGAGAAGGUGACUGACUUACAUGUAAAGCCAAAUGUUAAUACAAAACAAUCAAAUGAUAACGAUUUUGCUAAGCAAUCCAACAACGUUUGUGGUAAAAGCAAUGCUUGCACAACAGUUGGAAAAGCAGAAAACAGAGAACACUCAAUAGCGCAAACAAAUCUUCUUCGCGAUACACUCAAGCCAAAUACGAGUCUGUCGAAUUUCGAGUCGUUAAUGUUGAUGAGUAGAGAGAAAUCAAAGUCGCCGCCUCCAAAAUCCUCUGCUAAUAUCGGCGCCAGUAGCUCUGUAAAUGUUGGCGUUGCACAGCUGGCCGACAGUUCGGACAUAGCUACCAAACUGACGAGACCAGAAUCGCGCACGGUAAUCGGUUCGUACACCCAAAAGGGCAUACCAUUUCGAUCGGCAUCAUUUUCUCAAAUUGACCUUUCGUCUGGGAAAUACAAAAAAUCUUCGUGGAGUGCAUUGCGUGAUCGUUUGUGGCGAGACAAAGUUGUUGGCUCUGUCGAUUCAACAACCCACACGAAGAAAGCGAGUGGUGAGCAAACGACGGAAGCUUGGUCUCCUGCAGUGGGAGUCGAAGGGAAAGUGAAGUCCGAACCAGAUUGGAUUUACAUUCCGUUAAAGAAGAAAGCCGAAAUGAGUAUUAAUUUGAAUUACGGUCAAGAUAUGAGUAGUUUGGAAAAUGUUAUUGAGUCGCCAGACACCAUACCCGAAGAAGACAUAUUCAAUACAGAUUUGGAGCAUGCAGGGAGUAUUACCGAAGACUGCAAGGAAAUGAUACUCAAACACAAUCUUGUAAUAGCGCAUGCCAAAAUGGAAUCGCUAACGGAUACAAUACAGUCUGAAAAUGACUACGCAAUCGAGCAGGAGGAAGUUGCUGUUUCUAUUGAACCGGUACCUGCUGUUGUAGACGCGGAAAAGGGUGCAGUUGAAAAGGUAAAAAUUCUCCAGCAACCGACUAUAUUAGAGCCAAUUAAUGCUGAUGCUAUGGAACCGAAUGUCGCAACUUUAAUGGAGGAAAGAAUUCCAUUGGAAUCGCCUCCUGAUAAUUUCCUGCAAACCGCGACCACUUGUCUUAUUCCGGUGCCAGUGUUCGAGUGUGCUGCGCAGGAUUGGGGUUUAGAAAAUCCCCCACAAGAGUGGGUAGAAGUACAACCUGAAGAAUUUGGUAUAAUUCCGGAAACCAUAGAACCGCUCCUAUCACUAAGUGAUUGUGUAAAUGUGAAGCCCGUACCAAAAACUGCACAGGAGUAUCGAGUGGAAAAUUUGCCAACUAUUUCAGUGAGCCGGUCUUCGGAGGAGGCCGAUGAAAAGUGUAUUUUGCGAAGAAAAGAUACAUUUGAUGAAGAGUUCAGUGACCCCAUGGAACGACGUCAAGCUUCUAUUGAUACUGCUGAGCUUAGCAAGAGAUACAGCCACGACGAUAUAGAUGUCGGCAUGGAGAAACGAGCAUCAUUAGAUGCAAUCACCACUCGACAUAGUGCAGACGAACGCAAACGUAUUGAUAAGUCCAAGCGUCGUAAAGGAAUGUAUAUUGAUAAUGCUGCCUGGAGUGAGGCAGCGAAUGUAGAAGCACAUAACAGAGGCUUGGCAUUAGACAUUUCGCUAGCCAACUUUAAUGCGAUCAAACCGGAUGCAACAGAAGAAUGUGGUAUGAUGUAUAUAAAUAGUCCACCCACUGAUGACAAUAGAACACCGGGCUCUUUGUAUUCGCCCGAAAUAAGCACACCAGAGACCGACAAGCCGUUAGUAUGGACCAAAGCAGAUCGGCUUACUAGCUUUAGCCUGCAAAGCUCUGAGGAAAAGGAUGACGCCCACGGAAUAAAUGUUAGCGGAGGUAGUGGCGAUAUUACAAUGUGUAGCCUUUCGCGUAGCAAUAAAAGUUUUCCUUUUCUACGCACAGACUCGGUGUCUGACAACGAGAGUGAUCGAGGAGCGGGUACUUCUCGCGAUCGUGCCAGUCCCAGCCCCAUACCGGGUGAUUACGACUUCAAAAGAUACUCCAAACGACCAUUACGGGGACCAUAUGGCCAAAUGUUGGAAAAGGAAAUGAAGAAGCCAAACAAAAUGCAUUUUGAGGAAAUCCUUGAGGAUCUUCGAGAGUCGGAAAUUUCAUCACAACCUCGUCGACUACGUGCUGCCUGUGGUGAUUCCAACAACAUUAAAACAAACCCCACCCGCAACAUACCACACCAUUCGAAUUCAAUGCGAGUUCGAAAGUCAAAUACGUUUCUGCCAGUUCCUGCUCAUACGCGAGCCGCGUCAACGCCGUCACAGAUGGAGAAUGUAAAUAAAAGCGGUGGUGCUGGUAGUUUAGAGAAGAUUAAUGCCCAUGAGAAACGUUAUCAAAGCACGUUGGAUAACUCGAUGACCAGCGAUGAUAAGGAUUAUCUUGAUGCGGGUCAUCAUUAUCCACACCACCUUCAUCAUCAGCGUGAGGUAAAACGAGCAGCAUCUGAAGCGCCAGUCCAAAAAAGUCAUCAUAGCAAACGCAGUCAGUCUAUGGGUGGUGAAAAAACUAUCUCUGGCAAUACCCACAUCGCCCAUCAGGCGAAACGGAGCCUCGAUGCGACCACGGGAAAUGCUAAAGCCAAAAGUGGAACUGGCAAAAAUUCCAAUGUGGUGCCGUCGCAGGAGCUGUUGGCAGAAUUAUUGAAAGGCUCCAGUGAAAAGCUGAUAUCUGAACAAAGGCAACAAAUGGCUGCGGACACACGCACACAUGUUGUGCAGGAGAUCUUGCGUAACGAGCAGUCGUACGUGGAGUCGCUACAGACCAUCGUCACAAAAUAUUUUAAGGUAUUAAAAUCUCCCGAGCAUGCUGGCAUGAUCGACACACGUACUGUGGAUGAGAUAUUCUUUAUGGUGCCCGAUAUACUAGAGAUUCACGAGAAAUUUCUUGCCGAUUUGAAAUCGCGUUGGGAUAGUUGGGAGGCGACUCAGAAAGUUGGUGAUGUUUUCCUGGAAACGUUUUCGAAGCUGGAGGUUUUGGAAGUGUACACGUCUUUUGUGAACAAUUGCAAUCGCGCAAAGAAUGCUAUCCGCUCUACAAAACAUCAGCGGCCAUCGUUUGCGAAAUUCUUGGAGAUGACGGCACGUGAGCAUAAAGGCAAAUUGACUUUGGACAACUUACUCAUCAAACCAGUUCAGAAGUUCCCGAAUUAUGAAAUGCUCUUCCAAAGACUCAUAAAGCACACUGAUCGUGAUCAUCCUGAUCAGAAGCAUUUGCAGGACGUACUUAAACUUGUUCACGAUAUUCUCGUUCAUAUUAAUUGCAAGGAACGCGAGAUUCUGGAAAAUGGUCAGCGCGAGGCGACUUUGCGAGAGCUUGAAGGUGUUAUCGAGGGCAUAACGGAUCUGAUAACACCCGGCCGACAAUUUUUACUCUUCGAUUUGGUUUCAAUGCCGUCUGGUCAGGGCGCACGCAAAGAACGUGGCUUCUUUUUAUUCAAUGAUCUCCUGGUGUUGACAAGUAUCAAGAAGCGCAGCGGCACCAUACGAAAGCCAAAUCCCUCUACCUGCCCGGGGACUGUAGCUUCCACAUUAGACACCAACAAAUACAAGUUUCUUACAAAGAUCUCUCUGGACUGCUUGGAAAUUGUGAAGACUAAAGAUGAAAAUGUGAAGCGCAUAAUGAACGAAAUCGAAAAUUUGGCCGAAGACUGUAAUAAACUACAACAAAUCGCCGACAUCACGGCAUCACUCAAGUAUCCACAUCAGUAUCUUGAGGAUGUCAUACGUGAGCUGCUGAGAGAUGUGCAACGACAGCUAUCGGAGCGUCAGACCAAUGACGCACAACUGAAUAUGCUGGAAUUGCUUGUUAACUCGCCGAAUGGAAGUCAAAAACUGUCGAUCGUCUUCAGCAAAGCUGAGAAACGCACUCAGUGGGAGGAGACCUUCAAUGAAGCUAAACAGAAGUUGGCUGCCACCCUCGAACGACAUCCCAUUCCAGAGUUUUUGAUGUCAAUCCCGAUACGCAAAACACGUGCCGGCUUACAGUUCACUUGUGCUGCAGCUACGUUGAGUGAAAAACGCGAUGUGUGGGUGUGCAACAGUGACGGGUACGUGGGGCAAGUAUGCAUAAUGUCCUUGUACCCCGAGCCGAAUGUCACCAGUUGCAAUGGUGUUUGCAAUGCGCGCAUACUAUGCGUCGCCUCAGUACCUGCCUACAAUCCGAACGUUGUAAACUCAGCAGGCAGUGGAACUCAGUUGCAGCAACCAGCGCAACAAGCACACCCACGAAGUGCCAGCACGACACCACAGCACAGCUACACACAACAACUGCGCGACUAUCGUAAAAGUAUCUCGCCGAACUUCCAACCGCCUAUUACUAUUGGUACACCUGAAAAGAAAAAAACGCCAUCGGCAUCGGUGGUAGGCACAGUGAAUGCAACUGCCGGUGCAGACAAUGCAAAUGGCGAGCCUAGCGCUGACAAUCAGUUGGACUUAAACUUAAGCUCUAGUGAUGACGAGACCGAUACGGGUAUCAUUGGUGGCUGCAGUGUUGGCGCUGUGAGUAGUAAUGGUAGCGGCACAAUCGAACGUGUACCAAGUCCGGCCCCAUCAACGCAGACGGUCGGCUCGGUAACAUUGCCGGGUAGCAGCAGCAGCGGCACACCAUCGCAUCACUCGCAUCAAGACUCCAAUCCGGAUGAAGGCGAUGGAAAUCUGUCAACAAUGUGGAUCGGUACCGAGGAUGGUUGUAUACAUGUCUACAAUAGCACCGACAAUAUACGCAUUAAGAAGAACAGAAUAAAGAUUGAACAUCAGUCGGCUGUGUAUUCCAUAUUGUACUUGGAUAAUCGAGUGUUUGUCUCCUUAGCUAACGGUGAUAUAUGUGUUUAUUUGCGUGAUGGCGUUGCCUGGAAUACUAGUUCGUCACAUUGUCUUUCAAUCGGUUCCGUAACAAGUCCCGUUACCAAAUUACUUAACGUGCAUGGAAAGCUGUGGUGCUCUAUUCAGGGUAUUAUAAAGGUUUUAGAUACUGAGACCCUGCUGGUGGUCAACCAAAUACAAAUAUCAUCUGAUUCGAAACCAAUCACCAACAUGACGGUAUCAAAUAAUUAUGUCUGGAUUUCGAUACAAAAUUCGGCGCAUAUCAAAUGUUUUCAUUCCAUGAGUCAUCAAUUAAUAGCCGAAGUGAAUUUGGCGCCGGCUGUGAACAAAAUGCUAUCAAAUUGCGAUGAAAUAAUUCGCCAACAUAAAGCUGCUUGCUUGCGCGUCACAUCAUUGCUCUCCUGCCGCGAUCUCAUCUGGAUUGGCACCAGUGCGGGUGUGCUGCUCACCAUACCGGCGCAAGGUUUUGAAAAGGGCGUUCAAAGUGUAGUACCGACGGGCAUUCCGCACGGCCACACGGGACACGUGCGCUUCCUAACGUUCGUUGAGACGAGCGGUCUAAGUGCCGAAGGCAGUGGUAGUAGUACCGGCUCAGCAGGUCGCGAAAACGAAGGUGCAGUAAGUAGUAGUGAUUACCGCAGUCAAAGUGGCGCCAAACAUUCGAAGCCAAAAUCAGAGUCAAGCACCAUACUGGUGAUUUCGGGUGGUGAUGGUUAUGAGGAUUUCCGAAAUUCGGGCGCGAAUUCUUUGAGCGAAAUUGCCGGACGUGAGGAUAGCACCAAUCAUUUAUUGAUAUGGCAAAUUUGAAGUAGGCGCCGCAAGAAUCGUUGGAAGGAACUUCUUUCACGUUGGAAAAACAACAACUAGUGGUGGCAGCGUAGUCCGGGCGGAUACCGGCGCAAGCGUGGAAUCAAUCGGCACACUAGCACAAGUAUCUAAAACAAAAUACGCCGUUCCAGUGCGUUCAUAAUGCAUAUUCUGCUUCGCGGCAACCGUACGGUUACUACAAAAGGAUAAAUGUCACACACCCAAAAACCCCAAACACGAGCACAGCAAAUUAAUGUUUUGUUGUGGCAAAAGUUAAUACUGACUAUUGAGAUUACUCUUGCUGUAAAGCACACACAUGCACACAAGUAUACAAGCGUACCCGUUGGCAAGUUCCCUCGACGACGCUUCCGUCAUGUGUCCUAAAUACAAAUUAAACGAUAAUAAUUCGAUAAGCGAAUAUGCAAAACGGUUUAAUUGAUAAGUGAACAAACAAUAUUUGGAAAAGUGUGUAUCUUUGCACAAACAUACAUGCAUACAUACAUAUAUAAAUAUGUAUUAGAUAUAUGAAGAUAAAAUGAUUACUUGCAUACAUUUGUAACAAGAUUUUCGUAAGCAUAAACCUCUUUGUGUCGUACUUAACAGCUAUUUUCAUACAUACUACAUACAGACAUACAAUCAAAUGUAUGUAUGUUUAUGCAUACAUAAAACGUAAAUUUUUAUGCAAAUUUUCUGUACAUAAACGUCUUUCUUACACGUCAUGUUUUCUAAAAAAAAUAUUGCUUCUAUAUAUAAACUGAUUUAUUAUGCAUACACAUACAAAUAUUUAUAAUAGAUGAAUGGAGGAAAUAAUAGAACACCGUUUUUUUAUUUUUAUUUUUAUUUUUUUGUAAAACAAUUGAGUAAAAAUAUACCAAGAUUUAGACUUAUAUAUGUAUGUAUGUGCAAUAUAUGCACAUUUAAGCAAAUCGGAGAUUGAAGUAUUGCACAAACAAAGCGACAUUUAAAUUUAUUGAACUGAAACUGAAUAAUGUGCCAAAAUGUGUUUCCUUUGCUAAACAAAUUAUAUAAAAAAAUAGUUACAUACAUUAAAAGCCAAUAUUAAAAACCAUAAAUAAAAAAUGUUAA